GGUCUGAAGUCAGCCUGAGACACUUCGUACAAGUAAAAUUGAAAGGCAUGAGAACACUGUCUACUUUUACAGAGUUUACAGUGAUCCAUAGGCGACCAAACGAAGACACGCACGAGAUUAACUCCUCUUUAAAGUUGCGAGAUUUCAGCUAUGACAUAACAUCUUGAGGAAACGCGUCUCACGUUGAAUUGCACCUGUAGGCCUACGCAUCAGCGCAAACACCCGUCUGCAGUUAACAGGCUUGCCAGUUUAUAGUGAGAUGGAGCGGUGCGCUAAAUAAAGAAGGUAUGGUUAUCUCUCCUACUUUUGGGAAUCCCUGACCGCAGAUUCUGAUCUCGGCCUCUUUUACUCUUGGAUUAUAGUUAACUAUUACUGCAACUGUUUCUACUUGUUGAGAUUCCCAAUCGACAAUGGACGAUUUAGCGUCUUAAUGAUGAGCGCCAUUGCAUUAUUGACUUGAUGCAAGUUGCAAUCACGUCUGCAGCGACUCCACACUUUCACGACGCGCAGUAAAGUAUAAGCUACGCUCUCUUUGCCAGUGUAUGAGACAGAGCGAGAGAAGGCGGGAGUGGGGGGAAGGGGGGCACAACACCUACAUCAAGCUCUCAAAUCUGCGCCUAGCGGGAUGAAUUGAAACGGUAAUCUUUACUGCAAGGAAAUGUUUUGAAUCAGGCCAAUCAUUUUUAUCGAAAAUCUUCGCAGUUGAUGAGGUCUCGAAAGAAGUUUUCCUGCAAAGAAGUAGCCUACUGCAACGGCAGGAAGAACGGCUCACAAUUAUAGUCUAAAAUCACACCCAAGGAAUCUGGUUGUGCCUUCAGCCCACGAUGGUUCAUUCGAAAUGAGACAUCAGUUUGGGAAUUAAUAACUUAAAACAAAAAAAAAAACUGUUAAGCCACUGCCCAUAUACGACUUCAGCCUAAGCCAUGGCCCUCAGCCCUGCCCUCCUCUUCCUCUUGUCCGUGAUCAGCUGUGGCUCGACCGAGGACUCCGACUCCCACCCUCAGCCCCCACGGGGCUGCGGCUCAUCGGUGGGGGUCCCGUAUCAGGUGCUGUGCGACCUGGAGUCCGUGUGGGGCGUGGUCCUGGAGGCCGUGGCGUGCGGCGGGGCGGUGACGGCCCUGGUGCUGGCCCUGGUGCUGCUGACCCGGCUGCGCUACGUGCCCGAGCCCGAGCGGCGCAGCGGCGUGGGCCCGCUCCUGCUGCUGCUCGCCGGGACGGUGGGCCUCUUCGGCCUCUCCUUCGCCUUCCUGGUGGGCCGCGGGGAGGGCCUGUGCGUGCUGCGGAGGGCCCUCUGGGGGCCGCUCUUCGCCCUCUGCUUCUCCUGCCUGCUGGCGCAGGCGCUGCGGCUGAGGAGGCUGGCGGCCGGGAAGCGCGGCCCAACGGGGGGGUCUCUGGCCGGCCUGGCGGUGGCGCUGACUCUGGUGCAGGGGGUGAUCGCGGCCGAGUGGCUGCUGCUGACGGUGCUCCGUGAGGGCCACGCGGCCUGCGACUACCUGCCCGUGGACUUCACGCUGGCCUGCAGCUAUGCGCUGGGGCUGCUGCUGAUGGCCGCAGGCCUGUCUCUGGGCGUGGUGCUGUGCGGAGGGGGGCGGUCGGAGACGCUCCGGCGCAGGUGGAGGUGUAACGGAGUCUGGCUCUUCCUGUCCUGCCUCGCCUCGCUCAUCCUCUGGGCGGCCUGGCUUGGCUUCUAUCUCUACAACGACCUGGUGGCCACGUCAGUGCUGCACCAUGGGCGACCCGAUUGGGACGAGCCCGCACUGGCCGUCGCCCUGGUGACGGAAGGGUGGGCACUGCUGCUAUUCCAUGCCAUCCCAGAGGCUCACCUGUGUCUGCGGCAGGAGCCUCAGUUUAGCAUGGCAUCGCCGGAAUUCUACGACACUACCAAUCAGUCGUCCUCUCAGCUCCAGGACCAAGGCUUUGAGGACGAAGUACCCCCAACACAAAGACCUCCAUUUGCAGACAACCAGGCCUUCACCAUAGAGGAACACAGUGCAGCUCUUCGGUCCGGUGCAUACCAUAAUGGCCUGGCAGGGGCUCGGCAGGGCCUGCCGUUCAGAAGUCAUGUGUACCAGCCCACGGAAAUGGCAUUACUGAUGAACAGUGGAACAAUUCCUACAGCACCUCCAAACUUCACUGGAAGACAGCUAUGGUGAGAUGAGAAGGAAUCGGCUGGAGAAUAAGAUGCUCAGGAUUCUACUUUUCAGAAGGACAAUCGUUUUUCAAAAGGACAUUUAAGUAUUGUUACUUCAGUGAUGUAAUGAAAUUGCUUUCUCUUUUUUAUGGGAAAUUUCUUGUCAUAUUUAUUUGAAUCUUAAAAUAUUGUACUAAGCAGCCACAUUUUUCUUCUGUGAUUCCACAUUCAGCGAGUCCACAUUCCUUACAGUUUAUUGUAGAUGUGUAAAAGUGUUGUUUUUUUAAUGCUUUGUGAUUUUAAUGUAUUGCACAGAUUUUGAAACUUUCCUAUGAGGGAUGUUGUGACUUGCACUUUAUGAUGAGACUGAACAAUCCCAAUCAACUCACAGUGAAUGUAUGUUUAAUUAAUGAAUGUAUUUCCGCAACAGAACAUGAAUAUAUGAGAUAAGAUACUGA